GAGUCACGGAAUGAGUAACUCAGUUCAUUUCCCGAGUCAUCAUGAAACCCAAAACCAACACACCCUUCUCUUCUUUUCUUCCCAACUUCAAUGGAAUAUUAUCACACACCCACCAACUCAACUCGCCCGAUUCACCUCCCUUGACUCACUCCCAACUCACCUACUACCACCACCAUGCUCAAAGGCAAGCUCAAGCUUCCGCUUCCUGUCCCCGACAAAGCCCGCCGAGCCUUCCCGGACCGCCUUGGCAGCCUGGUCGCUGGAUUCGACGGAAAAGAAGAAGAGUACGGUGGGGGCUCCGAUUUGGUAGUAUUUGAACCCGGUGAAGAGCUCGAGACCUUUCAGCCUAAUGGGUUCGUGUCCGAUAAAGAGAGCGAUGGCGUUGAAAAUUUUGUUGAGGACCGACCCAGACCCGAAAAAGACGGGGCGGGUCCGGUUUCGACAGUGCAAGUCAUUGCGGUGGACGAGAAAAGAUCCGAUCUUGAAUACGAGCUUUCUCGGCCGGAGAUAAAUUUGGAGAAGUUACAAAGAAUUGCUAGUGCUGGACUUCCAGAUGGAGGAGGUUUGCGCGCAACGGCUUGGAAGCUGCUUUUAGGUUAUUUACCUACUUCUCGUGACCUAUGGGAAAAGGAGCUGACUGAGAAUCGACAAAAGUAUGCAAAGCUAAAAGAGGAGCUUCUUCUGAGUCCUUUACCAUGGACUAAUGGAAAUCUUGAAUCUAGACAGUCAGAACUCACAAGGAGAAAAGAUGAAGCUUUUAGUUAUAAGGAGCAGGAUGUUGACGUUGAUGUGGAUGGGCCACUGAGGCGACAUGAAAUUUCUCAAGAAGAUCAUCCUUUGAGCCUCGGUAAAGCAAGUGCAUGGCAUCAAUACUUUCAGUAUACAGAGAUGGUAGAACAGAUUGAUCGUGAUCUGCAACGCACACACCCAGAUAAGAAAUUCUUCUCAGGGGAAACAUCAUUCAGUAGGAAAAACAGACAAGCAAUGAAAAAUAUUCUUCUCCUGUUUGCAAAAUUGAAUCCUGCAAUCCGUUAUGUGCAAGGCAUGAAUGAGGUCCUGGCACCAAUAUACUAUGUGUUCAGUACUGACACCGAUGAGAAAAAUGCUGCAAAUGCAGAAGCAGAUAGUUUUUCUUGUUUUGUUAGACUCUUGAGUGACUCAGUGGAUCACUUUUGCCAACAAUUGGAUAAUAGUGCAGUGGGCAUCCUUUCCACCCUUACCCGCUUAUCAGAUUUAUUAAAAGCCAAUAAUGAGGAAUUGUGGCGGCAUCUUGAGCUCACAAACAAGGUGAGGCCACAAUUCUAUGCAUUCAGGUGGAUUACAUUGCUACUUACACAAGAAUUCGAUUUUCAACCAAUCUUGAGAAUUUGGGAUUGUCUUCUGGGUAAUCCUUUUGGUGUUCAGGAUAUGCUUCUACGAGUUUGUUGUGCAAUGCUGCUAUGUGUUAAGAGCAGGCUACUGAGUGGUGAUUUUGUGGCUAACUUAAAGCUUCUACAGCACUACCCUGAUAUCAACAUAGAACAUCUUCUCCGGGUAGCUCAGGAUCUCAGUCCGGACACAUCUUCCUAUCGCUUGUCCCCUUAAUUACAUGCCUCUCUGUACAAAUGUCUCUGUUUACAUGUUUUGUAAUGAUGUAUCAGACUUGCACUAUUGCUUGAGUUACUCUAACCCAAAAUAUUUUUUCAUGAUACAUUUAAAGUACAGCUUUACUUUUCAGAUCAAUUCAAAGUCACAUCAACAUGUGACUCCUAAGAUCUUUGUAUAUAUAUUUUUUCCUAAA